CGACAUCGCAAUACUCUUGAAAUCGACGACGAAAUACGAAAUCCUCAAACUAAGAAGCUGCUACACUUGACGUCCAUCCCCGUGAAACCAAACCUAUAAGUGCUAUUGACUGACCCAGUCCCUCCUCGAAAACGAUAAUCUGUCAUGAGCCAUAACGACCCAUUCGCAUCAACCGCAUCGCUGGACGAUGACGGUCCGAACCCAUUCGCCGACCCCGUUACGGCAAAGCCGAGUUUCCCAGCCUCGGUCGCAUCUGUGAAUUCCGCGAAUCCGGAUGCGCGAUUGGAGGAGCUGAGCAGGAGGGAGCGGGAGCUGGAUGCCAGGGAGAGGGACCUGGGCAGACAGGAGCAGGCGUUUGCUGACAAGGGAAAGCCGAAUUGGCCAUUUUGUGUCCCGUUCCUCCACCACGACAUCAAGGGAGAUAUUCCGGAAGCCUCACAACAGCUUAUGCAGCGCCUAUACCUGUUAUGGCUGGUUCUGAUCGGCACGGUGAUCAUCAACUUCAUUGGGUGCAUUUUCAUCCUCCUCAGUGGAACGGCCGAUGGCGGGAAGGAUUUGGGUGCGAGCAUUUUGUACCUGGUCGUGAUCCCUCCCGCGUCAUUCUUCUUGUGGUACCUCCCGAUCUACCGGGGCUUCGCGAAAGAGCAAUCCCUUUUCUACUACAUCUACUACGUGUUCUGUGGCUUUCACCUGCUGUUUUCCGUCUACAUGAUCAUCGGGAUCCCCUCCACAGGCUCGGCUGGCCUGAUUCAAAUGAUUUCUGCGUACGCACGGCAUGCUAUCGCUGCUGGCAUUCUGGGCACGGUGGCUACGGUAGGUUGGGUCGUGCAAGGCGUGGGGAACCUCCUCUACUACCGUCUGAUCUGGAAGCACGGAAAUGAGGCUGGGCACACUUUCAGCAAGGCAAAGGGCGAACUAGCGACACACGGUGCUACGGCGUACUUCACUGGUCGGGGUCUGUAGGUGUGCGUGACUCACGGGGUUGGACAUCCAGGCAGGCCGGGUAUGUUUGACCUAAAGUGAGGACACUGGGUGAAAACCGAUGAUGACGAGCAGUUGGUGUGCAUGUGGUGCGCGCUCUGCCUCUCGAUGCGUUGUAAUGUAAAACCCCGACCAUGCGGUUCGCUUGCGUCGGUGCUACGUAUACGUCUUAGCUCCUUACUAUCCCCGUCCUUUUUUUCUUGUGACGAUGCAACACUAUUAUCCUCAUUUCCACGUUGUCGUACGAUGUCUAAGGACUGGCAUGUGUUAAGUACACCCAAUGAUGGCUUUCCG